AAUCAAUGGAACAUAUUAUUUAGUGUAAAAGAAGGUUGAAGAGCAAUAUUAUUGUGGAAUCAGCCGGGAGAGGGCCAUGGGCGAUCUACUCUCAUGGCUUCUUUCCUUGUUCCUUCUCGUUGCCGUUCUCUCUAUAGUUCUCUACCAGGUCAUGUGCUUGGCGGACCUUGAAAGUGAUUAUGUCAACCCUUAUGAUUCUGCAUCCGAGAUUAACAUACUCGUGGUUCCGGAAUUUGUUCUUCAAGGAACACUAUGCUUCCUACAUCUUGUGAUGGGACAUUGGUUAAUGUGUCUGGUCUGUCUCCCCUACUUAUAUUAUGAUGUCAAAGUCUAUACUGAUCGUCGCCACUUGCUAGAUGUAACUGAGAUUUUCAACCAGCUACCAUGGGAAAAGAAGAUUCGGUUGUUUAAGCUUGGAUACCUUGGGAUACUUCUUGCCUUUUCUAUAAUCUGUAUGAUCUGGAGCAUUGUGGCGGAAUGAAGAACGAGGAAUUGCUGAUCUCACCAAAGUUCCCUAGUUCCUCUCUCUGCUGCAUGGCAUUUGCAUAAGAAAAAAGAUGGAGGGCAUUAACUUGGUUCGUCGAUGAAAGGAAUCUUACUGUUUGUGGAUGGCCUAGAGAAUUUAAUCCAAUUUAAGGAAAGGAUUGGUUGUCCUCAACUAGGGAAAACAUAUAGACAGUCGACUAUUAGGUUACUACUGAUGCUAUUUAUCUUUUUACCUAGUGAUACUCUUUUCUUCUUUCUCAUAAGACUUCAACAAAUAGAAAGAAAUUAACAACUGAUAUUGUCCUUGAAUCUUAAACAAGUUCAGCAUCAAGUCAUAUAAGCUUGAUAAUCUUUGAUGUAAUAUCAAUUUGGCUUGAUAAUGUAAAUCAACUCAACUUUGAACUCGA